AUGACAACUCACUGGAGUGAACUCCACAAGCAGUAUCUGCCUUGCUGGGAGCGAGCAGUGCAACACCUGUCUCUGCUGCGAGAUGCCGACCUGAUUCUGUAUACAUCGGGGAACGUCAGUAGUUCGGAGCUCGCGCGAUUUCAUUUCCGCAACAUGACGGUCAGGAAGUACAUCAACACAGGCUGGCAAGCAGGCGCCAUUCAAGCUGUGAAAGAUGGCUUUGGCACAAGAGGCUAUCAGGAAAAGUGGUUUGACGGCUAUGAUUGGGUUAUCAGGCUAAAUCCGGAUGUUCUGAUUAUGGAUGAGAAGUGGCUCUUGGAGACGAUGGGGGAUGCCUCAGUCGACGGUAUCUUUGGAGAGUGCAUGGGCAGGCAACUCCACACGGACUUUUUCGCAGUGCGCCCACAAGCGAUGGACCGCAGGAUUGUGGACGGAUGCACACCGACAUCCGCCGAAAAGCAUUUUGAAUGUGCUGUCAAGAACAUUCUGAAAUCCAAGAGGUAUGCCUGGAUCAAGAACUACAAGAACGCCGCCUGCCACAUCGUCGGAGCCAACUCACCUGUCGUCCAUUCCCACGCACUUUGGAAAUGUUGCCCUGACUACUUCGCGGCCCACGAGUCUUCUCUUUGCCUGGAGGCUUUGGAGCAGGGCAAUCCGCAUUGA